ACACACACACACACACACACACACACACACACACACACACAGAGACACGUACUCACAGUACUUUACACAGUACAGCAGAAUCUUUCAAUGAUCCUGGUGUAUGUGUGUGCCUCAGUGGGCGUUCGGUGUCACCAUGUGGGAGGUCCUAACUCGAGGUCAGACUCCGUAUCCCGGUGUAGAGAACUCAGAGAUCUACGAGUAUCUGAUCAAAGGAGAACGACUGAAGAAACCUGCAGACUGUAGAGACAACAUCUAUGACGUCAUGCACAGCUGUUGGAGUCCAGUCCCUAAAUGUCGUCCUAGUUUCCAACAUCUGGUUUCUCAGCUGGAGAUGCUGUGUGGCCCCGCCCCCCCGCUGAGGGAGGCUCUGCUGUAUGUCAACCUGGAGGAGAGGGGCGGGGCCUAUGAGGAGGGGGGAGGGGGCUCUGAAGAGGGAGAUGGGGCCUCUGAGGGCCCGAGCUGGAGCGUCCCGUGGCAGCUCCGGGUAGAGGACGAGGAGAAGGACUGGCUUAUGGUGGGGUCAGAGGUCACGAUGGCCAUCGGAGGAGACUACAGGUACAUCAUGGGCCCCUGUGAGGAGGGGGGGGAGGGCCCUAUGGUCAGAGACGACGACGACGACGUCGUCAUUAAUGUCUGACCAAUCGCAGCACUUUUCCUCCCACUUGAUUGGACCAGAGGGACACUCACUUUAAGCCUCGAGCAGCAACAGGCGGGUGGAGACACACAGUCAGUACUUCUGUCACACUGCUACUGUGUACUGAUGGUAUUCUGUGUACCGAUAGUACUCUCUGUGUACUCAUGGUACUCUGUGUAUUGAUGGUACUCUGUGUACUGGUAGUACCCUCAGUUAGUACUUACUGUGUACUGAUGGUACCCUCUCUGUGUACUGAUAGUACUCUGUUUCAGUUCCUAGUCGUUUCUCUUCAGUUCUGUUUUAAAGGGACAAACUAGCUUGGUAACUCGUUCUCAGACGUCUUUAAAGACGUCUCUUUGGAAGUUUGAAGACGUCUCUUUGCACGUUUGAAGACAUAUCUUUGUACUCUUUAACUGUCGCCCACAAACAGUUAAAGAACUCAAAUGUAUAUUUUGUUAAAUUUAUUUUCUCAUCUCUUUAGCUCUAAUAUUAAUGUUUGUUUCUUUUGUGCAAUAUGAGUUGAUCUUAAGGUGUAGUUUUAUGAUAUAGAUUAA